GUCGCGCGGCAGUUUAAUUCUCCGGCAGCGGCUGAUUGAGCGGGACGGGAUGGUCUUGACCGUCCUCAUCAGGAAACUCGGUCAUCAGCUGGCCGAGAUCCGGGAGCGCGCGCUGCGGACCAUUCUCAGCAAGGUGGAGCUCAACUUGGUGGGCUGCGCGGACCUGGCUCAGGACCGGCUGCUGUUCGUGCACCUGCUGCAGUGGUUCAACUUCCCGUCCGUUCCCCUGCAAGCGGAGGUGCUCGGCCUCCUCAGCACGCUGGUCAAGCAUCCCGCAGCAGUCCAGCAUUUGGUUGAUCUUGGUGCGGUCGAAUUCUUAUCUAAACUUCGCGCUAAUGUGGAACCAAGUCUUCAGGCUGAAAUUGACGGCAUUCUGGAUGGACUUUUUAUCCUUCCUUCAGAUGUUCCCGCGCUGUGUUCUGCAUCUUACCAAACCAAUCAAACGGAAUUUCCACAACCACCUGAAAUCUUACCAGGCUAUUUUCCUCAAGACAGAAGUCACUUGCAGCAGACAGACGGGCCUCCAGGACCCGCAGUGACUCAGACUGUGAAGUGUCUGAAGUUUUCGACGUUCCCUUGGCUGCCCCUGACCACGACAGACAGACACGUCCUCUCCUCCAACGAGAGUUCUCUAAGAAGUAGUAACCACACUUUAAUCUGGAACACCUGUGAACUAUUGAAGGACGUCAUCAUGCAAGACUUUCCUGCCGAGAUUUUCCUUCAAAGGCCGAAAAUUGUUCAGAGCCUCCUCUCCCUGCUGAAGCUGGCCUUCGGCGCCGAGGGCGCGCCCCGCCUGGCGCUGCAGUCGCUGUCCUGCUUGCAGCAGCUGUGUGUGUAUUUACGGAGCAGACUCCGCUUCCACCGCGACCCAGGCUUUUUCUCCAGCAAACAAGAUACAGUUUCCCAAAAUUCCUCUUUGUCUUACUGUCCUGAGGUAAGAGUUACUCAUCAUUCUCAGAAUGCUUCUCCGGGAAGCAGCAGCCCCCGGCCCUCUGUGGUCGGACGCACGGGCCAGCGACCCAGAGGAGACGGCCAGGACUGGGACGCAGUGUCUUCCAGCGGGAGCAGCAGCCGCGCGCCCGCCGACUCCCGGGCCUCCGCGCCCUCGCCCCUGGACGCGCCGCCGGAGCCGCCGGAGCUGCGGGAGCCGCCGGACCCCCCGGAGCUGCGGGAGCUGCGGGAGCUGGAGGCCGAGGACGCGCUGCGCUUGCAGUUCCAGCAGCUGAGCCUGCCGCAGUUCUGCGUCUGCGCGCUGGAGGCCGCCGCGCCGCUGCUGCGCUCAGGUAGUGGACAGAUGAUAAUAAGAGUUCUGGAAUUGCUUGCAGAGGAUUUGAUACUUAUUGGCGAAGCAAUUUCAACAGAUAUCUGGGAUGACAGCAGCCUUUUUGCUAUAGAUAUGAAAGAGAAAUUGCUUGUGGUGCUGGCGUCCCUGGGAGAAACCAUGUGCUACCACCAAAGCAGCGUCGGUCUGGAGCAAGCGGAGGCCGCGCGCCGGCUCCACAGAACGGCCUUUGUCAGCGUCUCCCUGUUCACCGUCCGGCUGCUGCAGACGCUGCUCCCCGUUGAAAAGGCAAGACACUUUUUACCAGAGUCUAUGUCAGCAGCAUUAUUUCUAGUUUCUUUGGACAUGCCUAUUUCUUUGGAAUAUCCAAAUAUUCAUGAAGCUGCGGUGGCCUACUUGGAACAGCUGGAUUCUGAAAACUACAGCAUUUAUAAACGGACUGCAGAGGCUGUGUAUUCAAUUGAAUGCGCCUGUAACUUCCUGUCGGACAUUGGGAAGGAGGGAGAGAAGAAUCUUCUAGAAUUAGUGGAGCUGGCAGACCAAGCCUUGCGUAGCUUUUCCUAUCAUCAGUAUUUUCCCCUAAUAAAGGAAAUCAUCUGCAUUUGUUCAAAGAUCUGGAAGUCGGCACAGGCCAGCCCGCUGCUGCAGGGGGAGAGCCAGAAGGUCUUCCUGCGCAUGUUGUCUCACCCACUGCUGCCAGUGAAAGCCGAAACUUACCGCUGCUGUCUGGAGAUUGUUAAGGAGUGUUUAGGUAUCCAUAAUGUCACUAAACCUGUGUCGUCACUUUGUAAUGGGAUUCAUUUUCUACUCCACCCGAAAGUUCUGUAUGAAAUCUGUGCAUUCGGCAUGCAAGAACCCAAAAAUGAGGUGAACGCCGCCGCCAAGGCCAUCCUGCUGUACCUGCUGCGGGGGCGGCUGAUGAUGACCGCGCCGACCUGGGCCAGGCUAGUCCAGGCCCUGUGCCCCGUCAUCCCAGUGCUGCAGGGCUAUGCCGACACGGAGGACCCCUUGGGUAGCUGCAUUCUCCUCCUCAGCGAGGCGAGCUCGGAGGGGGACGAAGGGGCUCUCCCCUGUGCCGCCCGGCUCAAGUCCGUGCUGCGACUCCUGCUCGUGAAGAAGCCCUCGGUCCGCGUGCUGGCCCUGAAGCUUUUAGCGUGUCAGCUUACAAGGGAAGAAGGCGCCGAUCGAAAGCGCCCUGCGAUAGAUGCCAGAGUCCUCUCCAGAGUUACUAAUUUAUUUGUUGUGAAGAAGCCUAUUGAACUCAAACUGGAUGACAGAAGAGAGCUGAUUAUUAAGUUGGAGACUGUUGAAAAGGUGUAUGAAAUCUUUAUCUCAGAUGACGCUGACCUUGUGCUGAGGAAGUCAGCCGCGGAGCAGCUGGUGGUGAUUUUGCAAGAUAUUAAAAUGCAUGCUGUGGUGAAGAAGUUAUGCUUAAUUGACAAGAUAAUUGAGUAUUUAAAUGAGUUUGUGGGUCCGGAUGGUGAGGUGGUGGGGUGCCUCAUCCCGCCCAGCCUCGUGCUCCUGCGGAAAGUCCUCUGCGCGGACCCCGCCGCCCGGGAGGCCCUCGCACAGCGGCCGUCGCUGCUGACCCUGCUGUUCAGAGUUUCCUUGAUAUUUCAUGAGGACUGCACUGUUGUGACUGAGGUCGGAGCGUUGUUUUGUCUUCUGUUAUUUGAUGAAGUCUCGAGAAUGGAUGUGUGGUCUGUCACUCCUCCUGGGACACCUUCUUCACCAUCAGUCUUCAGUUUGCCUGUUUCCGUUUUCAGAAGGUACCACCUGCCAGUGCGUGUGCUUGGCCACCAUGCUGUGAGCCCUUACUCCAUCGUCCUGCCGUUAUCUGCCGAUUGUUUGGCCCUGAAGCCGGUCUCAGACAUGCUGAGAAUAGCCUGGAACCUGUCGUGGUAUCACGGGACUGACAAUCUGUUGAAGCACGUGAACUCUGAAAUGAAAAGCCAAGAAUUUUCAGACACCUUGAGGUUAUCCUCCGAGGACACCCUGGCGCUGACAGCGACGCACGCAGCGAGCGGCCUGGGGGGCUGCCUCCAGGCCAUCGUUGGGGCUGCAGGCCACAGGGAAGUGAGGGCCGCGGUCACCAGCAUGAGCUUUUACUUCCUGAAUGACAGGCUGUCUUGCGAGGGCGGCGCUGGCCCACGUGGGGCUGCCCUGAGGUCCUUGGCUUGGCACAGCGCCCUCGGCAGGUUUUUACAGGUGCUUCCUGCUUGCACUGAAGAUGAGAAACUGCUGAUAGAUAUCGUACAUUUCCUAAAUAAGUUAUUGAAGGAACAAAGGAAGAACUCAUCAGUGGAACUUCUCAGCUGGCUUAUGGAAUUACUUCUUAGGCCCAGUCCAAACCCGCUGUUCGACCUGCUGGUUCUGACAGAGUCGCAGGCGCGAGAGGAAGCAGACGACGUCCGGGCUGCUGUCAGGCAGCAGCUCCAGAAAGAACUGGUGGCCUUCUUCAACACCCUGCUGCUCAGUUUCGCAGCAGUCACUGACAGGGCCUGCUUGGACCUCUUCCGCGCUUUCCAGACGCGGCUGGCUCUGCAGCUGCUCCAGUGCCUGCGCGUCACGGACGCGCCGCACUUCUACGGCCUGCCCUCGCUGGAGAGGACCCUGCGGGGCCUGGCGCACCUCACCGCGCUGCCGGGCUGGGGCUCCCAUGCCGCCCGCGCCAAGCCUCUGGAGAUUUGCGUGAAGUACUUGUCGGGGCUCCUGGAAGUCAUCACCUCUUUUUACGUGGAGCGCGGAGGAAACGCUAUGUCCUUCAUGGGGAAGGGCGUCACCAAGAGCACGGUCCUCUGCUUGCUGCACUUGUCUCACGAGAUGAAGGCCCAGGACCAGAGCUCGGAGUGGAUGUCACUUUGGUUCCUGCCUUUGGGUGGUCACAGUGAGGAGCACACGCCCACCCAACAGGGGCUGGCUUGGCUGAUUCCCUUAUGGGUUGACCGGGACCCAGAGGUGCGGUUCACGUCACUGGGGCUGGGGUCGGCCCUGACCGCCCUGGAGAGCGGCUGCGUGGCCUUGGCCCAGAGCUGCCGGAACAUUCCGGGCGGGCUCUGGGGCACCGUGGUGAACAUCCUCCUGGACCAGUCGGAGUGCAGCCUGGUGCGCCGGGAGGCUGCGUUUAUUCUUCAGAAUCUCCUUGUAAUUCCAAUGCCGUCAGUAAUUAUAAAGGAUUAUACUUGGCAGGGCCCCUGUGUCCACGAUGAGGACUCUGGCCUGUCGCUCGUCGGAAAGCCCGCCCUGCAGGCCCUUUUGUCCCACUGCCAUUUUUACGAACACUUCAGUCAGAUGGUGAGACAGCGAUACCUCGGGCUGUACGCGUGUGACUGGAAGGGCUCUGCUCUCGACGGAGCUUCCGACAGCAGCGACUUACACGGUUUGGAUGACUCGUUCAAGUUCUGGAGUGCUCCAUCUAGAAUGUCCCAUCAAGAUCGAGAUCCAAGUUCUCUCUCCACCUCGGAAACCAUGGUGGCGCCUUCCUCGGGGAGCACGGGACUGUCGCCGCUGGCCCCCUCCGCAGCGUCUCUCCCCGAAGCCUCGCACGACCCGUUUGUGGCUCCAGGUCAGCCCGACACCGCGUCUCCACGGCUUCCUCGUGACUCGUCCCUUUCUGCCCCGCUGCCCCGACCGUGCGUCCUGGUCACCCCGCCCCUUCUCUCCGCGAUGUGCAGCCUCUCCGACAGCCUCUUGGUGAUCGCGCCCGCCGACACGGCGCGGGCUUUUCGACAGGCUCGGCUGGUAGAGCUUCUCUGCAGCGUUGCAGAUGCCGCCCCCCUAGAGAGCUGUGUGCAGGAGCUGAAGGCCCCGCUGCCCUCGUCCCCGCCCGUGGAACACACACAGGCCCAGGUGUCCUUCCUCCUCGAGUACCUGUGCUCCUUGUCCCGGCUUCUGCAGUCGUGUGCAGUGGUGGACCCCGACCUUGUGCUGCAGGACGAGCUGCUGAAACCCCUGGUCGCAAACAUCGUCAGAGUCCUCACCAUCUCCCCCGACGACCUGUUGGAUGGAGAGUUAGUAUCGGCGUUUCAUCAGACAUGGACACACUUGUUCAACCUCCUGGCCGCCCUCCUGAGGAAGGCUGCGGCUGCCUCUCUGCCGCCCAUAACCGCGGGCCUGGCCACGCACUGGCCGGCGGCGCUCGACAGGCUCUGCGGGUGUGCGGGCCUGGCCGCCGCCUGCCCUCCGCUCUGCGCUGCGAGCCUGCAGUUCCUCUCCGUCCUCUUCACUGAAGAAGCCAAGAGGCGCCUCCGGGAGAAAGACACAGCCAGCUCCACUCCAACCAUGGCUUCCCUUCUGGACGAGACUCAGGAAGCUCAGAAGCCUCUAGAACGACUUAACGAAGUCAUGAUUCAGUGCUAUGAAGGCCAGCCGUCCGGAGACACCCUGAGGAGCGCGGCGGGCCGCGGGCUGGCGGCGCUGCUGGCGGCCAGCCGCCGGGCGCAGAGGCUCGCUCGGGAAGCCGACCUAAUAGACGUCUGCGUCGCGCGGAUGAAGCACAUCAGCGCCCAGCUGAGCCUCGACUCCCUGAAGCCGGGGAGAGCGGCGCUGAGGAAAAAGGAGGAUGGCUUCGCUGAAGAGUUGGGCACCGCCAUGCAGCUUCUCAGGAACUGUCUUUAUCGGAACGAAGACUGCAAGGAAGCAGCGCUCGGAGCCCACCUGGUGCCCGUCCUGCAUGCGCUCUGGCCUUGGCUUUUGAUGGACGACUCGCUGAUGCAAACGGCCCUGCAGCUGCUUUGCGUCUACACUGCGAGCUUUCCCCACGGUUGCAGUUCUCUCUGCUGGUCCAGCUCUGGACAGUCCCCUGCUCCGGCCGUGGGCCGGGGCGGCCCCGGCAGCUCCCUGAUGCUGUGUGUGCUGCGGCUGGCCUCCCAGGUGCCCCUCGCGAGCUCCGCCGUCCAGCAGGCCGUCUUCACGUUGCUGUCCAACCUGGCCCUGUCCCACGACUGCAGAGGAGUGAUCCAGAAGACCAACUUCUUACAGAACUUUCUGUCUCUCACAUUGCCAAAAGGAGGAAAUAAACAUCUCAGUCAGCUGACCAUCCUCUGGCUGAAGCUGCUCCUGAAUGUGUCAUUCGCAGAAGAUGGGCAGCAAAUGAUCCUGCGGCUCGAGGGCUGUUUGGACUUGCUGACGGAGAUGAGCAAGUUCAAGCACAGGCGCAGCCCGUGCCUGCCGCUCCUCAUCUUCCACAAUAUCUGCUUCAGCCCUGCCAAUAAGCCCAAGAUCCUGGCUAAUGAAAAAGUCAUCAGUGUGCUGGCUGCCUGUCUGGAAAGUGAGACUCCCAAUGCCCAGAGGAUUGGAGCAGCCGCGCUUUGGGCUCUGAGUCACAACUACCCGAAGGCGAAAACGGCUUUGAGGAGUCCGUCAGUAAAAAGAAGAGUGGAGGAAGCAUAUUCCUUAGCGAAGAAAACUCGUGCAAACUCCGAAGAGAACCCUCUAAGUGCCUAUUAUUUGAGAUGUCUGGAGAACCUCGUUCAGCAGCUGGCCUGCUCGUGA